UUGUCACCCCGUUUCCGGUAACCAUCUCAUGGUCCGAAUCCCAGCGACAACCGAGAAGAUGCUGUCUAAUGACUCUGCGUUUGAUUUCACGGCUUGUUGCUAACCAAGCAUUACAGUAAAAAAGCCUUGUGUGAUGCGCCACAAAGGAUAAAGUAGAAAUCUUGAGCCACUUCAGUCUCGGGGCGUCAGCGUCAAUUCCGGCCGCUUCGGGUUUGCAAGUGAGCUCCACUUGAGCGGAUUCGCGGUGCUUGGCAGCCCCACCAAGCCCCACGGCAGGCUGAGCUUCCCGUACGCUCAGCCUUACCACGACUUCAAGCUCUCCACAACCUGGAAGAAGCACUCGUCUUUCCAGUUGUCGACGGAUCUCAGGCUUUCCUACCAGAACGGCAAGAAUACAGUUUCAAAUUUCAAGUUGAACGGACUUGCCAACAUGGCGUCGCCUAAAGUCGCCCAAGCACUGGAACAGGCAGGCCAGUCUUCUCAGGCGGCAGACUACCAAUCUAUCCUCUCAAACCUUCAGUCAUUCUCGUCACCAGACCACAUUGCCGCCGACCUGAUCGCAUUUGUCGAUGCCGUGCUCGCCGGUAAUCUUGGUGUUGUCAAUACGCGCACACUCAUCACCGACCUCAUCGCCGCUCUCCGCGCUCUCGAGAACCACGAUCUUUGGAUCGAAGUCGGCCAACAUGUCGUGCGCACCAUUCCAACCUCUCCACUCUCCUCAUCUCUUGUCGAACAAUCUGCCUCUCUCCGCGAGUUGAUCGCCACCGCGCACGAAGCCAACGAAGACUUUCUCUCGGCCGCCAAGCUCCUCUCCGAGAUCCCGCUCGACAGUUCUCAGCGGCGCAUCCCCGACGCCGAGAAGGCUGUCAUCUGGAUUCGCAUCGUGCGCAACUACCUCGAGGUAGACGACACCACCUCGGCCGAGACGUACCUCAACAAGCUCAAAAACGUUAUGCACACCGUCGAUGACCACGAACUCCAGCUCCACUUCCGCCUGUCGGCCGCCCGCAUCCAGGACUCGAACCGGCAGUUCCUGCAGGCCGCAAAGAGCUACCAUCACAUUUCUUUAUCGACCGACAUCGCCGAGGAAGAGCGGCUGCACACGCUGGGCAUGGCCAUCAAGUGCGCGGUGCUCGCGCCCGCGGGGCCUUUGCGCAGCCGGCUGCUGGCACUGUUGUACAAGGACGAGCGGGCGGCGGAGCUGGUGGAGGAGCACGGUAUCCUUGAGAAGAUGUUCCUCGACCGGCUGCUGAGCACCGCCGAGGUGGACAAGUUUGCGCAAGGGCUCGCGCCGCACCAGCUCGCCAAGACGGCCGACGGGUCGACGGUGCUGGCCAAGGCCGUCGUGGAGCAUAACCUGCUGAGUGCCAGUCGGCUGUAUAGCAAUAUUGGGUUUGAUGAGCUGGGGUUGUUGCUCGGGUUGGAUGGGGACAAGGCUGAGGAUACAACGGCCAAGAUGAUCGAGCAGGGGCGGUUGGCCGGGUCGAUUGAUCAGAUUGACCGGAUGAUAUGGUUUGAAGGGGGUGAGGCGUCCGGUGAAAAGGGCAGUGGCCGGGCUGAGGUGCCAGUGGGCAAGGAGAUGCGGCGGUGGGAUGGCAAUGUGCAGUCCCUGGCUGAGGAUGUGGAGCGGCUUGCCGACGCGCUGCACGUAGAGUUUCCGGAUUUUGUUGCGGCUCAGAUUGCGGUAUGAGACAACCGCCCAGAAUCCAAUUAUUCCCAAUCCGGUACCUGUCCAGCCAUACCUCUCUCGGUCUUGUAUUCCCGGUAUACCCAAACGCC